AUGUUUGCGUCAACUAAAAAAGAAAUAAAGAGUGCUGUCAACUUGGAUGUGCUUGGUGCCUGCUUCAAUCUGAUCGGCUUUAUUCUCAUGAUUUUGUGCCUGUUCGGGAACGCACGUCCAUGCCUGUCAUCACUCUACUUUGUCAAGGUAUCAAACAGCCAACAAUCAGCAACAUUUGGCUUGUUCCACUAUUGUAUUGAUAACGAAGCAUGUCAUCAAGAGACAUUUACAUUGCCCUUUGAGGAACAGAUGCUCGAUCUACUAAAUGUUACCUCCACUACUACGCCUGCACAAGAUCUAGAUCCGCCUCAUGACCCACACAUGUUGGCAGCAUUUAUAUGUUGUCUCUUGUGUUCAGGUAUCAGCUCUGUGCUAUGCUUGCACAAACUAACCAACAAGAGGUGCUACGACAUUUACUUUACGCGCGGCUUUUUAUCCGCUGGGGCUUCACUAUGGUCUCUAUUGCUUGUGACACUAACUUCAAUUACAUUUCAACAUGCAGCAACAGCUGAGCAAUCUUUGCAACAUUUUGAGAUUGAAUUAGGCCCUUGCAUGUCCAUGGUCGGUUGUGCCUUUAUGGUUUUUUCUUUGGCGAGCAGUGCAUUGCUUUUGGGUUGUGCUACAGCUCCUUCCCAUCAACAUCAUUAUCGUCAUCAUUACUUUGUAUAA